AGGGUUUAACACCUUAACCCAGACACAACACCACUCGCAGGCAUCUCCUCGAAGAAUUUUUCUAGCUCUCUUUGGCUUUGCACUCCGAGGCGCCGUUUGUCACCAUUUCGCCCGUACCCCACCAAAUAAGCAAACGCGUUUUGAGUUGCAAUGGCGAUAAAGCGGCCGCCGAUCCCAUCGUCUCCUUGUUCUCUCACUUCUAAUUCCUCCACCUAGCGUUCGACAAGAUGCUGAUAUGAUCAGGAGACUGUGUGGGAACAAUACCAUGAACUUAAAAGCAAAGCCGCUGCGUGCAAUUGGCUUAAGAAAUGGUGGCAAUAUAGAUGAUGAAGGAGAGUCUAAACUUGAGCCGCACGUGGGGUUAGAGUUUGACUCUGCGGAUGAUGCACGGGAAUUUUACAACUUAUAUGCAAUGCAGGUGGGAUUUAAGAUCAGGACUGGUCAGCUGUAUAGAUCAAGGGUUGAUGGCUCAGUUACUUCUCGAAGAUUUGUGUGUUCAAAGGAGGGCUUUCAGCUGAAUUCAAGGACAGGUUGUCCUGCAUUUGUAAGGGUACAAAAGCAAGAAUCUGGAAAGUGGUUACUUGAUCAUAUCCAGAAGGAUCACAAUCAUGAACUUGAACUUUCAGGGCAAACCAAUCAACCCCCAAUACCAUUGAAGGCCCUUACUGUUUCAAAGAAAGCAGUUGUUUACCGUAGGCCAUCGGUUCAGGAUGAGGACGAGGAGGAUGAUGGACGCCCAUGUCCAUCUGGUGUCAUCAAUGUUAAACGCCUUAAAAGGGAAGAAUGGGAAAGACUCCCAAAAGUUGAACCCUACCUGGGUCUUGAGUUCAAUUCAGCAAAUGAAGCAUACAAAUUUUACUAUGCAUACGCAUCUAAUACAGGUUUCAAAGUUCGAAUUGGUCAGUUGUUCCGUUCAAGGGAUGACGGGUCAAUUUCUUCCCGAAGAUUUGUGUGCUCAAAGGAAGGGCAUCAGCAUCCUUCGAGAGUUGGAUGUCGGGCAUACUUAAGGGUACGCAGGAGAGAUUCAGGAAGGUGGGUAGUAGACCGUCUUGUAAAAGAACAUAAUCAUGAUCUUGAUUCCCCAGGGGAAGCCAGCAAGAAACUUUCUGCUUCUUCAAAGGGAUUUAGAGAGGAAGUGAGUAGUGUCUUGGAAAAUUUGGGUUUAGUUGAGACAGAUGAUGCUAACCUUAUCAAGAUAGGUCGAGAUAAUAACAUCGGAAGUGAUUGGUAUCAUGUGUUUCUUGAGUAUUUUCAGUCUAGGCAAGCUGAGGAUACUGGAUUCUUUUAUGCAGUAGAAGUUGAUGAUGGCAAAUGCAGGAGUGUUUUUUGGGCUGAUAGCCGCUCUAGAUUUGCGUGCAGUCAGUUUGGUGAUGCUAUUGUUUUUGAUACCACAUACAGGAAAAAUAAUUAUUUGGUGCCGUUUGCUUCUUUUGUUGGAAUUAACCACCACAAGCAACCAGUGCUUCUUGGUUGUGCUUUAAUUGCUGAUGAAUCCAAGGAGUCUUUUACUUGGAUAUUCCAGGCAUGGCUGAGGGCAAUGUCUGGAUGCCGACCACUGUCAAUAAUAGCUGAUCAGGACAAGGUCAUCCAAGAAGCAAUUGCACAAGUUUUUCCAGGGACGCGUCACCGUUUUUCUGCAUGGCAAAUUAAAGUUAAGGAAUGGGAGAAUUUGAGUCUACUACUUUCCAUGGACAGUGAUUUCAAGUAUGAAUAUGAUAAGUGUAUUUUUCAGAGUCAGACAGAUGCCGAAUUUGAUUCUGCAUGGAAUGCCAUUCUCAAUAAAUAUGGACUGAUGGAGAAUGCUUGGCUGAGAGAAAUGCAUGCAAAGUGUGAAAGUUGGGUUCCAUUGUACUUGCGUGCCACAUUCUUUGCAGGAAUCCCCUUGAAUGGAACUCUGAAAUCAUACUUUGGCACACUUUUGAAUUGCCAAACACCACUUAGGGAGUUUGUUUUACAGUAUGAAAGAAGUCUUCAACAGAGUCGUGAGGAGGAAAAUCAAGAUGACUUUGACUCUUUUAAUUUGCAGCCAAUUUUACACACAAAAGAGCCUGUAGAAGAACAAUGCAGAAGGCUUUACACAAAUGCUGUCUUUAAAGUAUUUCAAAAAGAACUUUUGGAUUGUUAUGGUUAUUUUGGAUUAAAGAUAUAUGAAGAAGGGAUUAUUAGCAGAUAUUUGUUAAGGAAGUGUGGGAAUGAGAAUGAAAAACACAUUGUAACUUUCAAUGGAUCCAAUCUCAGUGUAAAUUGUAGCUGUCAGAUGUUUGAAUUUGAAGGGCUGCUGUGUAGGCAUGUGUUGAAAGUGUUCCAAAUGCUGAACAUAAGGGAAAUUCCAUCUUGUUACAUCUUACAUCGAUGGACUAAGAAUGCCAAAUAUGGUAUCUUACAUGAUGUUGAAUCUGGAGGCAGCUCUCAGGAUCUCAAGGCCUUGAUGGUAUGGAGUUUAAGAGAAGAAGCUCGUAACUACAUUGAGUCAGGAGUGACAUCUUUUGAAAGAUACAAACUUGCCUUUGAGAUCAUGCGAGAGGGUAGAAGAAAUAUUUGGCAAAAGUAACAACCUGAUAUUAAAGUCAAAGAUGUUUCUGUGAUGCAAGUUUUCUAGUAUGAGCUGCAUGUGAAGGUUGCCAUUUGGUGUUUCACUUUUGUAUAAUUGUAGGCCCUUUUUAUGGGAUCUGAAUUUGAAGACCACGGGCAUGCCAUGUAUACUUACUUUUUUGAAUUGAAAUCGAAACUUUGUGAAUAUUGUAUUGAUAUGGAUUUCCAUUCAAUUUAGUUAUCCCCAUUCGACUUCUGAA